GGCCGGUUGAGGCGAAAGCAGGAUGAGGCGAAAGCAGCGGCCCCCGGGCCCCCCUUGGCGCUGAGCCCGCGGGAGGAGCCCGUCUCCCGCCGCUCCCAGAGCCCCCGGGUUCCCCGGCCCCCGAUGCGGUGGGAGCUGGUGGAAACGGCCGCAGCGGGGCCCCUGCAGCGGCGGCGCCAGCCCCCGCCCGUCGCCAGGUCGGGGCGCGGCUGUGCCCCCAGCCCCCGAAGGGAGCCGCCAGCAGCGUCUCGGAGACCGGAACCUUUUUCAGCAGUAUUGAUACAGGACAUCUCUAAUAAGGGAGAGGAGUGAAAGUUCAUGGAAAUUCUGGCAGAGAUCUCUCUCAAGUGAGUCCUGUAGACUUAACUGGUAAGCAGCCAGUAUGAGAAAUGCAGAGUCCUCUUGUAAGGGAUUCUGCAUUGAGAAGGAACCAAAUGUUGGUGCAGAAGCACGAGCACUGAAGAGCACAUGUAUGCCCUACAAGUACUGCUGGCCAAAAAGUGUUCCAUCUCUACUACGAAGCGCGUGCACAUCGUCAGUGGAAUGCACAUAUGCACAACACAGCUCGAAGAACUCCAGUUACUGUACAUGGAUUAUAUAUUGGCUUUGUAUACACUAGCACAUAUCAAGCAAGACAGAUGAACUCCAGCCUUGUGUGCACUUUCAAUUAGCUACAAGAUGCAAUUUAGUAUGAAUCCCAGGCAGCUUUGGAAGUGAAAGAGAAGUCUGAGAUCUCUGGCUGGAAGCUGAACGUGAUGACGGCCUGGUCUAUGGUGGAGAAGUUGAAAAUGGAGAAGAGGCAUUCCAAAGAAGAGAAGAAUGUGGAACAGGAUGCUGGGGACUGCAGUGCUGAAUCUGAGGAAUGGACAAGCUCAGAAAGUGAGCCUGAACAACCCUGCUUCAAGAACAGCUGUAGCAAUACUCAGUGGCGGGAAAAGGAAAUUUCUACUAAACCACAUAGGCAACUCUGUCGCUCUCCUUGCCUGGAUCGUCCAAGUUUCUCACAAAGCAGUAUCCUUCAGGACUUGAAACUGGAAGAGUGUAAAAUAAACUUGGAUAAGGAAUACCAGGCUAAAAUGGAUUUUGCUUUAAAGCUUGGGUAUGCUGGAGAUCAGAUCCAGGCAGUGCUGAACAAGUUGGGAGCAGAUGCUCUAAUCAAUGAUAUUUUGGCAGAACUCGUGAGACUUGGCAACAAGGGUGAAUCAGAGGGACAAGGCAGUGUCGGCAGUAGUAGUGGUACUCUGGUGCCCAGGGGUCCUUGCCCGAAGGAAAUGGCCAGCCCUGAACUGUCACUUGAAGAUGAAGUAGUGGAUAACACUGACAACUUAAGACCAAUUGUCAUUGAUGGAAGUAACGUGGCUAUGAGCCAUGGGAAUAAAGAAGAAUUUUCCUGUCGAGGAAUUCAGCUAGCUGUUGAGUGGUUUCUGGAGAAAGGACACAAAGAUAUCACUGUAUUUGUACCUGCGUGGAGAAAAGAGCAGUCUCGACCUGAUGCACCAAUUACAGAUCAAGAAAUUUUACGUAAAUUGGAGAAAGAAAAAAUUCUUGUCUUCACCCCAUCUCGGCGAGUUCAGGGAAGAAGGGUGGUCUGCUAUGAUGACCGGUUCAUAGUAAAACUGGCUUUUGACUCAGAUGGCAUCAUUGUGUCAAAUGACAAUUAUCGGGAUCUUCAGAAUGAAAAGCCAGAGUGGAAGAAAUUCAUAGAGGAACGCCUGCUAAUGUAUUCUUUUGUGAAUGAUAAAUUUAUGCCUCCUGAUGAUCCUUUAGGACGCCAUGGUCCAAGCCUUGAAAAUUUCCUAAGAAAAAGGCCUGUUAUUCCUGAACAUAAAAAACAACCAUGCCCUUAUGGCAAAAAAUGCACCUAUGGACACAAAUGUAAAUAUUACCACCCAGAACGCGCAAAUCAGCCUCAGAGGUCAGUAGCAGAUGAGCUUCGAAUAAGUGCCAAAUUGUCUGCUGUGAAAACUAUGAGUGAGGGAGCUUUGGCCAAAUGUGGCACAGGAUCAUCCAUUUCUAAAGGAGAAAUCAAUUCCGAAGUGAAACGCAUUGCCCCAAAACGCCAGUCAGACCCAAGCAUUAGAUCAGUUGCUGUGGAACCUGAGGAAAGACUGUCAGUAGCUCGGAAGUCAGAAGCCAACUCUGUCCCUUCUCUUGUUUCUGCAUUAAGUGUACCAACAAUCCCUCCUUCAAAAAGCCAUGCUGUUGGUGCAUUAAAUACUCGUUCUGCAAGCAGCCCUGUACCAGGUUCAUCGCAAUUUACUCAUCAAAAAUCCUCACUAGAACACAUGGCCAGUGUGCAGUAUCCUCCCAUACUGGUCACCAAUAGCCAUGGCACUUCUGUUAGCUAUACAGACCAGUAUCCCAAAUACGAAUCUUUAGGGGACCAUGGCUACUAUUCCAUGCUCAGUGAGUUCUCCAAUUUGAGCAUAAGCAGUAUGCGUAACACAGAUUAUUAUGGGGCUGAUGCAGACCAAGGGAUGUACUCUAGAAAUUCAAGCCCCUGUCCUGACACUCGCUUAAGCCAUACAAGUAAUGAUUCUUAUUCCUCUUAUAAUGAUUUGUAUCUGGGUGUAGCAGAUGCCAGAGCAGAAGACAAUGUGAAGGUCCACAGACUUUCAUCCCAAAAUCGUCUUCAGCCUUUUUCCCAUGGUUACCAUGAAGCCUUAACUAGAGUUCAGAGUUAUGGAACUGAAGAGCCCAAACAACUCCCUCGCAAACAGUCUGUUUCCCAUUUAGCACUGCAUGUCCAGCAUCCAGUUGUUGGAGCACGGUCCAGUUGUCCAGGAGACUACCCAGUGCCUCAGAAUGUUCAUCCAUCAGCCACUGCACAGCCAAGCCGUGCCUUGGUCAUGACAAGAAUGGACAGUAUUUCUGACUCACGGCUUUAUGAAAGUAACCCUAUGCGGCAGAGAAGGCCACCCCUCUGUCGAGAGCAGCAUGCUAGUUGGGAUCCAUUACCAUGUGCUGCUGAUACUUACGCUUACCACUCUUAUCCACUGAGCAACAAUCUCAUGCAACCAUGUUAUGAACCUGUAAUGGUAAGAAGCAUGCCUGAAAAGAUGGAGCAACUGUGGAGGAAUCCAUGGAUUGGGGUAUGUGGAGAGCCACAGGAACAACAUAUUAUUCCAGAACAUCAGUAUCAGACAUACAAGAAUCUCUGCAAUAUUUUCCCUGCUGGUAUUGUCCUCUCAGUAAUGGAGAAAAAUCCCCAUAUGACAGACGCACAACAGCUGGCAGCUAUAAUUGUUGCCAAAUUGAGAACAGGGCGUUAAAAUGUUAGAGCUUCUUUUUGAACUAAUAGUAUUGAGUGUAUAGUGGGCAGGAUCUGGAGGAAAAGUUAAAAAUAAGGGAAGUGGGCAAAUCUAUUGUAAAUAUUUUCUAAUUCUGUGGUAUAAAAUUCUGUACCCUAUAGCAAUCAUUAAAUAUAUGUGUGAGGCACUAUAUAAAAGAAGAUUGUAUUGUAAAUAUAAUGAAUAUUUUAGGAUUUCAAAAAUAGGGCAUUUUAAAGGUAUUUUACAGGAAGUGCAUACAUUUUUGCAUGAAUAUAUUAUUUAACUAAGAACUACAAGGUUACACUUUUAGAGUCUAAAGCUGUUCAUUCAAAACUAUUGUUAGCAAUUAUAUUGCAUGUAUCAAUGUAUAUUUCAAUUUGAUUCUAAAUAUAUAAUUGGCUUUUCAAAAUAUGCUCUAUACAUUCCAGGAUCAUACGACUUUGGCUUUGACACUGCAUUCCUCUGGGUCAAAUAUUUUAUUUUAAUGG